AUGGUGGCUUUGAUUGAUGGUGGGGGUGAGAAGAAGCCCAAAUUUGUUAAGAAAUUUUGUGAUAUGAUGUUUGUAGUUUAUGUGAAUAAUGAAAUGUUUGAAGAGGCUAUAGGGGUUUUUGAAUAUGCUUAUGAGAAUGGGUUGGAGAUUGAGGAAAGGUCUUGCUUUGCUCUUUUGGUUGCUUUAAAGAAAUCUCAUAAGGUGGAGUUGUGUUUAGCCUUCUUUGAUCGGAUGGUUAAGAAAGGAGUUGAAAUUACAGUUCAUUCUUUGACUACUGUGAUUAAUGGGUUGUGUAAGAAAGGUGAGUUUCAAAGGGCAAAGGCUUUAAUGGAUGAGUUGGGUAUUAGAGGGGUUAAAGCUAAUGUUUUCACUUACAAUGGUUUUAUAGAUGCAUAUAUUGAAAGAAAGGACUUUGAGGGCGUUAAGGAGAUAUUGAGCUUGAUGGAAAGGGAGAAUGUGAAUUAUAAUGCUGUGACUUAUACACUUUUGGUAGAGUGGUAUGGUAGCUGUGGGAAGAUUGAAAAAGCAGGGCAACUGUUUGAUGAAAUGCUUGAGAGAGGGAUAGAGCCAGAUAUUUAUGUUUACACUGCAUUAAUCAAAUGGAGUUGUAGACCAGGGAAUUUGAAAAGGGCAUUCUCAUUGUUUGAUGCAUUAACUAUGACAGGCCUUAAACCGAACACUCACACUUAUGGAGCUCUGAUUACUGGUGUAGGCAGCAGAGAUUUUGCUAAGUGA